AUGUCUGCUGCCGCCUCAUCAUCGACCAGCGCUCCCGACAACAGCCCGGGCGUCGCGGCCCGUCUUGCGUCGCUGACUGCGCCCGCCGAGUCUGAGCUGAACCGCUGGAAGCGGACAUUCGACAAGCAUGCCGGUGUCGAGGUCGACGGAAAGAAGUACCUCAACCCCCAGCAGUUCAUCGACGCCAUCGCCCCGACCGACGAGGGCUUCAACCGCAUCAAGCGCGACCAGUACAGCAUCCUUUUCCGAGUCGCCGACGCCCACAAGCGCGGUCUCGUGUCAUUCGAGGACUUUGUUCUGUUCGAGACGCUGCUUAAACGACCCGACGCCGACUACCAGCUCGCGUUCUCGGUCUUUGAUUCCGACGCCUCCGGCACCAUCGACUUUGAGGAGUUCAAGAACGUCCUCCAGCAGAACAUCGCCGCCUCCGGUAUCCCGUUCAACUUUGACUGCGACUGGAUCAAGCUCUACCUCGGAAAGCGCGGCGGCAACCAUGUUCUUGGCUACCCCGAGUUCACCCAGCUCAUCAAGGGCUUCCAGGGAGAGCGUCUCCGUCAGGCGUUCCACUACUUUGACAAGGACGGAGACGGAUAUAUCUCGCCUGAGGAGUUCCAGCGCAUCAUUGUCGAGAUUGCUGGCCACAAGCUGUCCGACUCUGUCCUCGAGCGCCUUCCGACGCUCUGCACGAUGAACCCCGGCCGCAAGAUCAGCUACUCCGAGGUCAUUGCUUUCCACAACAUCAUCCGCGACAUGGACGUCGUCGAGCGCAUCAUCCAGCGUGCCGCCAAGAAGUCCAAGGACGGACGCAUCGCCGUUUCCGACUUCCUGAACGAGUCUGCCGGCAACCUUCGCUACGGCAUGUUCACGCCGAUGGAGGCCAACAUUAUCUGGCACUUUGCUGGCCGCGGUAUCGACGGCAAGAUGGGUGAGCGCCUGACCCUCGCCGACUUUGAGUCGCUCCUCGACGCCAAGUGGCAGCCGCCUCUCCAGCUUUCGCAGGUUGAGCCCCUCGCCAAGCGCAGUUUCAUGAGCCACGCUGCCGAGUCGACGUUCAACUUCGUUCAGGGUGGUAUUGCCGGAGGUGUUGGUGCGUUUGCCGUGUACCCGAUCGACCUGGUCAAGACGCGUCUGCAGAACCAGCGUUCGAACGUUGUCGGUGAGGUCCUGUACCGCAACGCGUGGGACUGCGUGAAGAAGGUGUACCAGAACGAGGGCGGUGUCCGUGCGUUCUACCGUGGUGUCCUGCCGCAGCUCGUCGGUGUCGCUCCCGAGAAGGCGAUCAAGAUCACCGUCAACGAGAUCAUCCGAAAAAAGAAGACGGACCCGGAGACUGGCGCCAUUCCUCUGGGAUGGGAGAUCUUCGCUGGAGGUGCCGCCGGAGGAUGUCAGGUCGCCGUCACGAACCCGCUCGAGAUUGUCAAGAUUCGUCUGCAGAUGGCUGGAGAGAUGGCUCGCGUUGAGGGAGGAGCCGCUGUCCAGCGUGGCGCGUGGCACGUCGUGAAGCAGCUCGGUCUCAUGGGCCUGUACAAGGGUGCCGGAGCGUGUCUGUGGCGUGACAUUCCCUUCUCGAUGAUCUACUUCACGUCGUAUGCGCACCUGAAGAAGGACCUCUUCGCCGAGGGCAAGCAGGGCAAGCAGCUCUCGUUCGGCGAGCUGCUCCUCGCCGCCGGUAUCGCCGGUAUGCCCGCCGCGUACCUUACGACGCCUGCCGAUGUCGUCAAGACGCGUCUGCAGACCCAGGCCCGUGCCGGCCAGACGGUGUACAAGGGUGUUCUCGACGGCUUCGCCAAGAUCUACCAGGAGGAGGGUCUCCGCGCCCUCUACAAGGGAGGCAUCGCGCGUGUCAUCCGCUCCUCGCCGCAAUUCGGUGUCACCCUCGCCGUCUACGAGCUCAUGCACAAGCACUUCCCGUACCCGUACGGCGAGGAUGCGGCCGCGCAGGCGCACCAGAGCCCGCGCCCGAAGACGACCGACAUCUCGCGCGUCCGUGCCCGCAACGGACUCAAGAUUCUGCUCGACUGCUCCUCGCGCUUCGGCACGCUCGACCCGAGCACUGUCGCCAAGGGCCUCGACACGAUGCCGAAACAGCUCAAGACUACCCAGCACUAA